UUUAUAUAUUUCUUUUGUAUUUGCUUACAAUUUAAAGAAAUGCAAAGGCGUUUGAAGACUGCUGCAGAGCUGAAAAGGAUUCAGGCUCUCAAGGCAUUGUUCAAAAAAGUGGUUCGCAUGGUGAGCUUUAAUGAUCCGUGGAAAGAAAGCGAUUACGACCCCAGGAUUUCUGCAAACGUGCCGAGAAAUGUAUCAAAUCGAGUUCGGACCAAGCGCAAAUCGGGUUUCCUCAGUGCAGCGGACAAGUCGUUAAUACGAACACCACACGCAAUUCGCACAAUUCCGGAAAGAAUGAAAUUGUGUUCGAUGUUUGCUAAGUUUAGAUGCCUGGUUCGAUUCACUCCAAAAAUCAGAGCUCGCUUAGUUCCUGUGGUUCGCUUUAUGCCCGUUGAUGCUGGCCGCAAAAUCAUAAGACAAUCGGAUGUUCCCAUAACCGUGUUUUUUAUAUUAACAGGGGAGGUACAUAUGUUUCGGGACGAAGUCGGCCAGGUAAAAACUUACAGAGCCUUAAAUGAUUGCUAUUCCUUUCGCUUGAUUUUCAAGGAGGGAGAUAAGGUGCUUCAGGGAAUUUUGGGGCCAGGCGAUAUGAUAGGGGAUGUGGAGCUACUGGAAGGUAUCAAGCGAACUCACACCUUUAAAACAGCAUCCUACUGCGAACUGCUGGUACUAUUUGACUAUGACUUUGCGCCGAUUCUCGGGCCCUACAUGACGAAGAUUUGGGACGAGAAGAAAAGGGCCCUCAAGGCGCUGGACUACUUUGAUUUCCUCGACAAUGACCAGAUCGUGGAGGCCUGCCGAUUCGGGAAGCUAAAACAAUUUGAUCCCCUGGAUACCAUAUUCUGUGAGGACAUAGGAUCUAUGACAAAUGUCCACUUUGUGCUCAGUGGAGAAUGUUUGAUACUCCAGUGCCUCAAUAUGAAGGUUAGUUUAAAAAAAGGAAAGAAGUUCCUUGAGCUUAUGCCAACGUCCGCAGGAGAUGUGUCAGAAAUGUUUAGGAAAGGAGUUAGAUCCACCUUUUCCACGCAAACUAAACUAAACUCAGUGGCUGUCUCAAAAGUAGAUCUUGAUCUGGUAGAAAGUUCCAGUAGCAGUUUCAAGGAAAAUGGACCUAUUAAUAUACGCAACCGGACGAUGCGCAAAAUGCGAUUACAAGAUAUAGCCAAGUCAUGCGGCCUAAUAAAAUCGAUGCAUACGACCAAGCCGCGUUACACAUGGCGCCGAUCGACCCAUCAUAAAUCAAUAAUUUCCGCAUCCUCUGAUGCCGCUAACGAUUUUAUCGAUGAAGACAUGUAUGAGGACUUUUGGGAAAUGUUCGAAGAUGAUAUUGAAUCAAGUUCAUCUACUUCGGAAGAUUUUGACAGUAUAGUCAAUCAGGUUUUCCGAACCGCUCCUGCUUUUGAUAGUUUUCUUGGAAGUGCUUCCGAUGAAAGAGAGGUUUUUUCCCCAUCCUUCUCUAGUUUUAGCUCGAGCAGUGAAGAAUCGUCCGCACCUACUUUCGAAAGCCAUUUCAUCGAUGUGGGUACCAUAACUUUUGGAGGAAUUUUCGGAUUGGGCGAGAAAAUGGAGCACCGAGUGGUAAUGGCCAGGUCCACGGUUCAGUGUCUGAUCAUUCCCAGAUUUUUCCUGCUUGAAAAGAAACAAAAUCCGGGAAAUAUUUGGGAGCGCAGGCUUUUAUAUAUGGAGUGCAUGAUUCCAUCGAGGGAAGCCCUUUUCGCUCACUAUCUCAAAUCUUGUGAAUGGAAAAAAUUCAAAGACGACUUUAUUCGCGAGACUUUGAAGCCAUCCGAUAAUGACUGUACACACGUUGACGAUAUUCCAAUCAUUUGUAAAAUAGUGGAGUCAUCAGAGGAUGUUAAUUAAUGGUGUAAAAUCACCUUCAAGGUCACUUCUACAUAGUUCAGUUAGACCAAAGGUAUUUUAUAAGAUAUUUAUGGUCUAACUUAAAAAUGUAUAAGCGACCUUGAGGUAUUUAAAUGUAAACUGUACUCUGAUUCUAAUAUAUCCAAUAAAUUGGGUCUUAACGUCAGUAACCUGCGUCAUAUU